AUGGCGUUCCAGGACGACUCCGGUCUAACCCUCCUCGGCCCCCUCACGACCAUAUUCACCCCACCUGCUACCUGCCAUGACCUCACUGUCCUCUCAAUCUCUACUGUCUUCAGCACCGUUAUCACCCUGACAAACACUAUCUCCGACGGCUCGGCCGUCUCCGUCCAUACCGUCCCCACCGUCACCACUUCGACCACCGCUUACCUCGAGAAAUACGACUACGUCCUCGACGGCUCCUGCUAUCCCGAGGGCUACACUACCUACUCCGCCUACUACUCCCCCGGACGCUGCCCCGCCGCCUGGGAGGGCGUUGUCACCACCGCCCAGAACGGCGAGACAACCAUCCAAUGCUGCCCCACCUCCUUCACCUUCAGCGGCGAGCUCUGCCGCUCAUCAAUCACCGAAAGCACCACCACAUCCGUCGUCCUCUAUAAGAAUGAGCUCCGCGUUGACCCCACCCCAACCGCAUCUAACAUCCCAGAUGGAAUGGUAUGGGCCACGGGCAUAGUCGUCCGCUACCGCGACGGCGACUUCCCUGCCACCACCUCGAAGUUCUCCUCUGCCGUCAAUUCCAUCGCAGCGCCCACCUCCACUCCCUCCACCCCCUCCACCCCCUCCACCCCCUCCUCCUCCGAAUUUAACUCCGGCCUCUCCCUCGGCGGCAAAAUCGGAUUAGGUCUCGGCAUCCCCGUCGCCUUCCUUUUCUUCCGCCGGCGCCGCGCUGCCACCACCCCUACCGUCGCCGGCCCUCCCCAAGCACCACCGCAAGAACAACAAGCGUACUCUCAACCCCCACAUCAGCAGUACUCUCAACCUCCACCCCAGCAGUACUAUCAGCCUAUGGAACAAACCUUGCCUGCGGGCUACUGGGAGACUAAACCCUCUGAGAUGGCACGCGCGAGCGAGAUUUACACCCCGAGUGUAGCAGGGUCGCCACGCUUUAGCGGGGCGCAGAGCACGGGAUAUGCGCCGAUUGCGCAGGUGGGGGCGUACGCGCCUGUACAUGAUACGGGGUAUGCGCCGGGUGUAGGGUCGGGGCAGGUGGGGGCGUACGCACCUGCGCAUGACAUGGGGUAUGCGCCGGGUGUGGGGUCGGGGCAGAAAGGGUAUGGACAGGAGGCUAGGGCGCCGAGCGCGGCGCCAGCUGCGGCACCGGAAUACGCAGAGCAAGCGAGCACACCGAUUGUGCCAUCACAGAGGCUGUCGGCGCCGCCGGUGGAAGGGGCGUCGAGGCACUGGUCUGGUGGUGGGGGACCGUUACCUGACCCGGCUGAGUUGUAUCCGGAGUAUGCGGACGGGGGAUGAUGAUGAUAGUGUGCAUGGUGGUAGGAGGUUACUGAGGUAGGGUUGUGGAUGUGGGGGGAAAUACCCAAGUUCUGUGUAUAUAUUUUUGAGCUGAAAGGGCUGGAAGGAAUAGAGCCUAGGUGAUGUAGAUUUUUGUGGUUCAGAGUGUAUAGGUAGGUAUAUACCCCUUUGGAGGGAGAUGUGGAUAUUGCGGCCGGGGGCUUGUUGGAUUUAAUGCAAUACAUAGUUGAAAUAUAGACUUCUGACUUCAAGUAUGCGAGUCUUUAUUGGCUGCUGUGAUUCUGUAACCCGUCCCCCUUUUUCUUUUGUCGUUUAGGAGAAGCGAGUCAUUUGAAACCGCGCUUCACGCCCGUAGGCUUCCGCCGAGGGCAGCUCAGCCUUCCUAACCUCAAAAGGUCGGGAAUAAGACAAAAAGCGCUAUACCUUAGAAGAUAGAAGGCAGUCGCUAGUGGUCACUACCCAGCUACAGAGCAACCCAUCCGAAGCAACCGAAUAAUA